AGACUCAAUGCCCUGUAAACAGUGCACUAAAGGUAAACUUUAAAGUUGACUAGUUUAAAUUAGUAUAGAGCAAACAUGACUGUUUGCUCUGUGCUUGGUAGUGAAACUUCUUCACAAAACGGUGAUUAUAAACUAUACAUUUCCAAGGUGUGAAAAAUUUUUUAAAAAUGUCUUUUGGCUUGUGGCCAAAGUGACAUGAGUGUUGAUAAGUGUGAGAACUCCAGAAUAUGCGGUAAACACUUCAGUACUCUGCAAUACAAUCAAGAUUUCCGAUUUGAACUUUGUGGCAUCAAGCGAGGGAACAACUACCGCAAUUUGAAAGAAGAUGCCACUGCUGAUCAACAUCUGCCAGCCACAUUGCUAAAUGGUUCAAUGCAAUUUGAGACUAAGUCUUCCCGGGUGGUGAGACUUGAGAGAAGAGGGCUGAAACGCUUAGCUCAAGAAAUACUUGAUAAUGAUGAGAAUGAAGCUCCCGCUAAAAGAAGAGCAAGGCACAGCAUUGCGCUUUGCAGCACGGCCCCUCCGGUUGCACAGCAUUACUACUUCAGUCCUCUAGAUCACCUCUGCAACAAAGUUACUGGAGAGCCUUUGCAACCAACUUCUGGGCCUCUUCCAACAUCUUCUAAUGAACUGCCGAAAAAAACAACUUAUGCACUCCCACUGAAGCCGGCGUGCAAAAGGCUUCCAGAACCGACCAUUUCACCCCUGCCAGUACCAUCCUUGGAACAUCUCUCAGGACAGCCUCUAACACCUAUCCCAGGACCGUCUAAUGAACCUCUUCCAGAACCGUCUCAGUAACCUCUUCCAGAACCGUCUCAGUAACCUCUUCCAGGACCGUCUGUAGAACCUAUUCCAGGACCG